GUGUGUGUGUGUGAGUGUGUGUGUGAGAGUGUGAGUGUGUGUGUGUGAGUGUGUGUGUGCGCGUGUGUGUGUAUGCGUGCGCGGGCAGCCGUUCUUCUAGUUUUUCCUCUGUUUCUGCUCUCCCCGUCGAGCAGCAUUCCUCACACAGACACACACAGGUUUGUUUCAUGUGUUCGGUCACCGACGCUUCACGCCUGACGUGUGCUGAGAGAAACACACACAUUCCUGCAGCGAGUGUAAGAGUAUCAGUAUUAAAGUAGUUCAGACCCAGAAUAGCUCUUCAGGAAUGCUGUCGUGUGUGUGUGUGUGUGUGUGUGUGUGUGUCGUCUGGCUGGUUUUAAACCGCAGUCACUCUGUAGUGCUGGUUUAUUUCUAUCCCUUGUGGUCCGGUCGGGUCAGUAGCGGCAUUCCUGUGUGUGUCCAGGCCUGGAGAAAGACGGCCGCUCCUCCAGCGCCAUGGGCGAGAACGAGCCUCUGGACGAGGAGGAUGACGACGAUGAAGACGAGGGAGGAGCCGAGACCGAGGAGCAGUCUGGAAACGAGAGCGAGAUGAAUGAACCCGAGGAGGAGGAGGCCUCCGACAACGAAGAAGAGGAGCGUGAGGAGGAAGAGGAGAACACGGACUACCUGACCGACUCCAACAAAGAGAACGAAACGGAUGAAGAGAACAACGAGGUCACCAUCCGCGGCGGAGGACUCAAACACGUGGCCUGUGCCGAGGACGAGGACUUCAUCCAGGCCCUGGACAAGAUGAUGCUGGAAAACCUGCAGCAGCGCAGUGGAGAGGCCGUGAAGGUCCAUCAGCUGGACGUGGCCAUUCCUCUUCAGUUAAAGAGUCAGCUGAAGAAGAGCUCAGCCCCGUCCUGCGCCGCAGACACAGACGCAGACAUCAGCGACACCAUGCAGUUCGUCAUGCUCACUCGCAAGGGCAACAAACAGCAGUUUAAGAUCCUGAACGUGCCGCUGUCGUCUCACCUGGCGGCGAAUCACUUCAACCAGCAGCAGGCGGAGCAGGAGGAGCGCAUGCGCAUGAAGAAGCUGACGCUGGACAUCAACGAGCGGCAGGAGCAGGAGGACUACCAGGAGAUGAUGCAGUCUCUCGCUCAGAGACCCGCUCCAGCAAACACCAACAGAGAGCGCCGCCCCCGAUACCAGCACCCCAAAGGAGCGCCCAACGCAGACCUCAUCUUCAAGACCGGCGGCAGGUAAACACACACACACACACGCACACAGACACACA